AUGGCAAGUCAAGAUGCACUCUUCGGCGGUGCCCUGUUGUGCCAUUCUAUCCUCAAGUUCUCUCACUCCACUCUCCCUCGCUCAGCGAAUCCUUCUGGCUGGAAUCACAUCCAAACUCCUGAUCUCUUUACUGUAAUUGAGCAGCUCAACCGCAGUGGAAUCCAGCUCAGAAUCAUCCAUGGAACCAACGAUCUAGAAGUCCUUCCACUUACUGCCAUCAUCCAAGAGACCAAGGAAUUGCACAGAAGACAGCCUAAUCGAUCACCCGACAAUCUGCCUAUCUUUGGCCUGACCAAAGGUACAGCCUUAGCCAUCCGUUAUUUUUGCCAGAAUAACCAGGUCAGACGCAUUCAACUGCGUUUCCCUGAUGAAGCCUCAUGCAACGAGACGGUACAGCUGCUCUCCGCUCACGGCCUCAUGUUCUCUGUACCAAACACCAAACCGAACACACAGACUCAAGCUCGCCCUGUGACAGCUAAUUCGUACCUGAACCGCCAACCUUCUGUGCAAUCCGCCCGCUUCGACCAUGCCACUUCCUCGAUUAUCGUACCGACGAUACAAGGUAUGACUAUCAUACUACCCUCGGUCAAUCAGGAUGAGCCAUCUCGCAUGCACCCAUUCACUUCUUCUCAAGGACCGAAAGAAUACGAUACUCGAAGCAUACAAAGACAGCCAACCUUUGCUCCAAUUCGCACGAGUGAGGGGCCAGUGGAAAGGCCAUCAACCGCGCCCAUAGAGUGGCCAUCAGACAUGACGAGAAAGAUGUUACCUCCUCGUCGGGAACUUCCUUUCCCGAAACCUUCCAGCAGUCCUGCAAAAACCAAAACGCUGCCGCCUCUUCCCAAGCCAAGUUAUGUUUCAGAAGCCGCCAAACCAGAUAGAUCAGUGCCAGAAGAGAACUCAAGCCGAGCAUCACCGGAGAACAAGACCGAACAUGGAAUCACACGACUUACUACUCCUCGCGGACCCACAAGGUUUGAACCUCCAGCAUCACGCAUGUACAACUUUAAUCCGAAAGAUGAUCCUAUGGUUGUCGAUAGUCCUGGAACGAGCGAAACUAUCACUCUUGCUCACAUGAGCAACCAGGAUGUUCUCGCCGAUUCAGAUCAACGCUGCGGUAGUAGCGUAAGCCCUGUGUACUUCACCGGCUCCAGUCCAGAAGACAAGCUACCUUCGAGUCCAGAACGAUCAUUCUUUUCGAGUCGUGAUCAAAUGACAUCCUCCAGCCCGUCGGAAAGACGUAGCCAGCGCCUGGCUCAGAAGCACAUCCAACAAGAUACCGAGAUGCAAGACAUGGGAAUGACAACAAGUUCAACACAGCAGAGUGCGCAGGAUGCGCUGAGGCAAUAUGCUGAGCAGCCCAAAGAGACCCGCGCAGAAGCCAUCAAGCAGUUCAUCUUGGCUAGUCUUCACGACGAUGACUUCCUCAAGCUGUGUGUUGACGUGGAGGCAUGUUGGCAACGCCAGGUGCUUGACAGACGUGUUUGA